GUAGACCGCGAUCUUCGUUCCUCCCCACUUGGUCCUUUCGAUACUUCCUCCCGUUUGGUAUAUAUAUAGGUAAGACAGUGGCCGCAAAUAUAUGACAGUGUGUACCGGGUCGUCGCGGUGAAUUGUGCGCGGGAUAAGAGGCGGGAAAAGGUUGCCGUCCGUGUCCUAGAUACCAGCAUGGAGCCCAAAUACGCCAUAAAAAUCAUCAUUCUUGCGUCUAUACUGUCAGUAGGCCUCGCAACUUUCGGACAUGAACACGUACAUAUAAGAAUACAUGUGCCGGAGAUAGUGCAGCAUGAUGAAAAAAAAAUUAUUAAGUACGAGGAUCAUGGCGGGGGCGGUGGUCACGGAGGCGGAGGUCACGGAGGCGGAGGUGAUGAUCAUCACAUAGAGAUCAGCGGUCCUGGGGACAUAGGAGGUGGCCACGGCGGAGGUUUUGGCGGCGGACACGGAGGCGGUUUUGGAGGUGGUCAUGGUGGAGGUUACGGAGGUGGCGGUGGUUUCGGAGGUGGCCACGGUGGAGGAGGAGAUAUCAUCAUAGAUCACGGCGGUGGCCAUGGAGGUGGAGGUGGAGGUGGCUACGGUGGAGGCGGUGGAUUUGGAGGUGGCCACGGAGGUGGCGGUGGAUUUGGAGGUGGUCACGGAGGUGGUGGAGGCGGCGCUAUUAUCAUAGAACAUGAUGACCAUGGUGGUGGUGGCGGCGGUGGUUUUGGAGGUGGACACGGAGGUGGUUACGGCGGCGGCGGUGGAUUUGGAGGUGGCCACGGAGGUGGCGGUGGAACAUGA